AUGAGGAACUGCAUUGCUUUUUUCGUCUGUGUGAUGGUCGUGUCCGCUCGAACUUAUUGGCAUAGGUCGAGGAACGCAGGCAAGAGAAUUACCCAUGUAUUCUACCGUUUUAUCUGAACUAAUUUCAUGUAUUCUGUUAUUAGUCGAAAGAAGGAUAUGAUGAUAUGUAGUCUUAAAAAAAUUUCCCGUUUAGGAGGUCUCGGUACGUAGAAAGUUUUUAUGGAAGUUAACCUGAAACACUAAUCAAAUUGUUGGGCUAAGUUACUGGAAUUGUUCUUAAGAUGGCGUGCUACUAAAAACUAAAUGGGGCAAUCCCUUAAUUAUACUGAACUUUUAUUCACUGCACUCUCCUUCGCGCCGAAAAUUGAUAACACUUCAGAAAAAACUUAAGACAUUAGAUGAUAUUCUCUAAAAUUUCGCUUUUCCUUUGAUUAAUGAACUUUAUUGCAUUAAUCACGACCCUCUCUUAUUGCUAGAAGCACAGUUCAUGUUUUUGUAAGACUAGACAGUUUUUGCUUGUUUGUUUUUAUUUAACGCUUAAAGGAAGAUGAUAGAGUGCAUGCCAACAUAACAUGAACCUUGCAAAAUGAAACUUAGUGAGAAAGUACAUAUCAUUUUGUCAAUCUAGAUCAGUUAGCAAGCCAACCGAAACUUUGUUACUAUUUUGCAGAAAAUUAAAACGUUUAGCAGUUUCAAGUCCUAAUUUCCCACAAGUAUUUCCUUUCAAUUCAAUGUGGACAGGAAAACGCUUGUGGAAAUGAUCUUCAAAACGUUUAUCAGUUUGAAAUCCCACUUUCCCGAGAGCAUUUCCUUUCAAUUCAAUGUGAACAGGAAACUCCAGAGAAUGUACUCUGGCCAUCACCAGGGUACCUGUCUCGUUGUUGAAUACAGUGCUACGAUAAUGUAGUGAUAACUAGACCAGUUAAUAGUACUUCAAUACGCAUUCUCCUGCUGUUCCAAGGAAAAAAAAUAGAGAUAUGACUGAUGUGCUCAGGAGUUUAGUUUUAUUAUUUUAUAUAUUUUUUAUCCUUUUUUUUCUCUUUAGAUCCAGUGACUCCAGAGUGGGACAAGCUUUCAGGUAUGGUAUGUAAUUUUGCGAUAGAAGUAAGGGGGCAAAAUAUUAUUUCGGUUAAUUGCAUAAAAACGAAAGAAAUAAUGAUGAUGAGAGAUUUAAACAAAAAUUUCUGAUGAUAUUUCUUCUCCUCCCGGACGUGAUGCCAUACCAUUGUAUUGUUACCCCCCUCAGAAUUUCGUCAGGUUUCCUUGACAGCUCACCGGUACCCAUGUAUACUCCUGGCAGGAGAGGGGCCGUGUGUAGUGUCUUGCCAUAGAAUGACCCCGCUAGGGCUUAACAAUGGACAUUUUGAUACGUAGUUCAGCGUAUUAACCACUUGGCAAUUCCGCCUCCAAUCUCCAAGAGAAAGCCAAUUGACAACUUGACAGUAUUCUAUUGGGGAUAAAUCAGUUUUUCACUAUUGUUACUCAGGCGAUUAUAUAACCACUUUGUCGUACAAUGUUCUACUGUGGAAACAUCACAAAUCGCGUAGCGGCUACUUCGUCAGUUAGCACUACUUCUGUGCCACAAUUACACUUUGACUUAUCGACCAAUCAAAGAGCACACAUCUCUAUAAUUACGUGGUUGGCUAAACUAAAUGUGCAUAACCUAAGAUUAGGAUAAUUUACGAUAACAUCAAGAAAACAGGUGAACAAUGCGUAACAACAUUGCUUAUGCUUAAACAAUAGAUUCGAAUUAAUUUCUAAAAUACGCAAAAAAAAUUCUAAGCUAAAAUAUUGCUUAGCAAAUUAAUUGUACGGUUCUAACCACGAACUGACAUACUGCUUUCAAGUUACGUGGAUGAAAUGGGAUGAGAUUCCGCUGACAGUGAGCGAUGCUGUAGCAAAAGGCUGGAGUUUGCGUGACAAAUGCCAGGGUAAGUUGAAGAAUUAAAGGUGAUAUAAAAUCUAUACAUUAUCGACUUAAAGCGAAGUCGUUUUAUUAGUCAAUCAUUGUUAUCAUUCAUCUUGGACCAAACGAGUGAUAGACCUCUCUGUUCUAUUCUACUGUAUUCAAUUACAAACUAUGAUGCCAUUUUAUGGCUAUUUCCUCAGCUUUGCCCCUCCUCACAGAUGUGUACCUCAUAGAAUACGUCUCUCUUCCUGUGAGAGACAAGUUCAAACUAAAGUUUUGUUAUGUGAUGUUCACUCCCUCGCCCCCACCCUUCCCCUUAUUUUGACCGUCGCUCACCCCCUUGGUACAAAUUUAUCUCUCUCCCAACCUUCCGCUGCCAUUAAAAUCAAAGAUGGCGGCCAUAAUUUUCGCUAAUAAAUACUGAGCACUCGCUCACCUGAAUAACGCCAGCUCUGCGGGCUAUUUUGAUAUAAUUAGUAGUUACCCAAGUUUUGUCUCUGUUUUUUUUUUUCUCUUUUGUGUGGAAGAAAAAUAAGUUUGUCGGUGAUCUCUUGUGCUUCCCUCGCAUCCGUUAUUUGGUCACGUCAUUUAACACCCUACCGAAACGAGUUUACUCUAUGGUUGAAAUGAAGACUUACUGCCAACUUACACCUUUGUCUAUUUCUCUCUUUUUAAGCCAGAGCAUAUUUCCAAGGUCGUCGAUACAUUCGCAAUGGGGACUUGACGUUGAUGCUGCUAUUUGAUGCAAACGACAAAAUUGCUGGAAUUCAAACUGGAGUAAGUGUUCUGGGAUCCUAAAGCUGCUUUUAGGUGUCUUUUAUAAAAGAAAUGAGCCUCUUCUUGUUUCUCGUUUCCUUAAGAUUCCAACUUCAACUGUCUGUAAGCGAAUGGGGUCGCCAUGGAAGCGAGAAAACGACUCUUACGUCGUCACCGCUUAUUUCAAAGAUCCAAGUCUAAUUUGUUCGCAUAGAUAUGACUCUAAAGCCAAGUACUUUGGUGACAGACUUUUGAUCCAAAAAAGUUCAAAGGCAAACGGAUUUGUCCAGGUCCCCUUGCUGGAGCGUGGUCUAUUAGGUGGAAUGUGGACUAAGGGAGAGUGCUUCUGGUCGAUGGGUAAGUGAAUAAUGUGUUUUUUUUUUUUACUUCAUGUAGUAUGCAAUUUGACGUGUUAGGAAACGAUAUCAGAUGGAGGCUUUGCGAUGUUUGAAAUUUGUAUUCCAUGAUUACAGGGGAGGACAUAGGGAACUGGCUGUAAGACCUAAUGAAAAAAUGGGUGGGGGGGGGAGAGGGGUAGGAAGAGAGAUUUGGCAUGGCGUGAAAUUGCGCCUAAUACAGGCGCCAAUGCGACUCAAUUUUUCACUUUGGCGACCAAAUCCUGAAAAUUAGUCGCCAAAUAGGCGACUAGAAUGUUUCAUCAUAACCUUACCAAGAGAUAUACUGGAUUUAAAAGAUUUGAAGAGAUAAAUCCGCGGCAAACUUCCUCGUUAAGUUUGUUUCCAAAACUCAGCACAUGCAUCUCGAUCGAUAACUAUUCGAUAACUAACGUUGCACACCAUCCAUCCUAGUGUCCAAUUUGUAGCACACUAAAGAUCUUUCCCCUAACUUAAUUUUGGAGGGUUUAUCUAGAACGUGCGUAAAAAAAGGUUUUGUUUGUCUUUGAAAAUGACGGCCAACUUUUUUUGAAUUGGCUACCACUUCGAAGAGUUUAGGAGCCAAAUGGCUAUCAGAAAAAAAAAAUUAAUUUCACGCCCUGUAUCGUUGCCGUCGAUUUUUGCUUAAUUUAUCUUCUUUCUUCGUUGUUGUGUUUCAAGGAAAAAUGUACUGGUAUGACCUGCUAAACGUGUUUGACUGCAAUUCAUUGUUUCCUGUAUUUGUGAUGUACACGAACGGAGUACUGAACGGGUUUGGUUGGAUUUUACCCUUUAAACUUGACAAUCCAAGAUUUGUGCAUCCAACAAAUGUAUCUUUCCCGGUAGGUACAUGCUGCUGUUGUUGUUGAAAAUUGCCGUGAUUUUAAGUGGAAACUUUUGGGAAUGUGUUAGUUUGGUAUAAAUGCGUUAUUUUACAAAAAAUAAAAGAGAAAACUUUUUUGCAAGCGGUAGAACCAAAUUAAACAUAUCAUCCAUUCUUACUUGUAGUGGAAUGUUAGAAUUUUAAUUCCAACAUUCCAUUAAAAUGGUCUCAGAUUUUCUGAAAGGGCAACUGGUAAUGAUUAACCAUUUAACUCUUGUGUUGAGUUCUCAUGUUCUCCCUACAUUUUCUAUCAUUGUUCGUAUUCAGAGGAGGUUUGUGACUUUUGCUGAAAAUUUAGUCUCCAAGUUUUUUUUCUUCCAAAACGGUGGCAGCUUGGAGCACUAACAUGGUACACUGUUCGUGCGAUUCGUGACACCCUUUUUUCUUUAUCUCUCUGUAGUAUUUGUUCAAGAGAGAUACCAUUCCAGCCUGUUUUUGGACCGCUGAUCAUCUGUCGAUGAUGCAUGUUUACCUGGAUUCCAAUCCCUUCUUUAACAUUUGCUAGAAGAAUCUUUCAUUACUAUUAUACAGUAGCGUGCACAGUGGAUUGUUCAAAAAGAUCUUUGUACUAUUUUCCCAGUAAAGUUAUUUCUAUCACUCUCCCUCUGCCUUCUCUCAACCUUCUGCUCAACUUUAAAAAUUAUUGUGGAGCACAUUUCAAAACGAGAUUUUAAUAAUUAUGUUUUAUUAAUCUGUUUAUUCAUUAUACUUCACCCUGAAACUUCAAAAUUCCCUUUAAAAUUUUCCCUUGUUAGAGAGAAAAGUCAACUCUGC